AUGGGAUGUGCGGCAAGCUCUGUUGUGCAGACAGCGCGGUUUUACGACGCUUGGCCGCCGAAAGUCAAGGAGCAGAGAGUCGAAGGGGAGGACUGGGGCGUGCAGAAAGUGAACCAGGACUCAGCACUUGCAGUGGGCAGCUACAGCAUUGGCGAUGCCCUCUUUGGCGUAUUUGAUGGACAUGGGCCACAUGGCCACUUUGUGAGUCAGCACAUCAGGAAUCACAUGCCUGACAUGCUCAGGAGACACCUCAAAGCGAAAGAUCCGCAACAGGCGCUCAUAGCAGCCUUCGAGGAGAUGCAGCAGUCGCUGGAGCGCACCACCUUCAACACAGAGGUGAGCGGAUCCACGUGCCUGGUGGCGCAUCUGGCCGGGCCGCAGCUGGCGGUCGGCUGGGCCGGGGACUCGCGCGCGGUGCUCGGCCGACAGCAGCCGGACGGCAGCUGCCUCGCGGUGCCGCUCACGCAGGACCAUAAGCCCUCAGACGAGCGCGAGCGCGCGCGCAUCCUGGCCAUGAAUGGCCGCGUGGAAAGGAUACAGAUAGACACAGGAGAGGAGGUGGGGCCGCAGAGAGUGUGGCUCCCUGAUGCGUGGGUACCUGGCCUGGCCAUGAGCCGCGCUCUGGGAGAUGGCAUGGCCAGGAGGGUUGGUGUGAUUUCCAAGCCAGAUGUGUGCUUGGUUGACUUGGAAGAGGACGACCACUUCCUUAUACUCGCCUCUGACGGCGUGUGGGAGUUCAUGGACAAUCAGGAGGCGGUCGAUAUCGUCAGUGCUUGCUCAGACGACGAGGUUGCCUGCUCAAAGUUGGUGGCUGCGGCGUACAAGAAGUGGAUGGAGCAGGAGAAUGGCGGCGCAGAUGACAUCACAGCGGUCAUUGAGGAGGUUUCGAAUCAACUGAGCGCCGCUGUCGAUAAUAAGCACGGCUCAGGCAUAGUUCUCAGUCUAGCAGGGGACUACAACUACUUGAAUCCGAAGAACUGGACAGCAAACCUUGACGUCCCGGUCAUAAAGGCAAGGGCCACCGCGCUCGAGAAGGGUCUCAAUGCCAUAUUGGAGCCGUUGCUAGGAGAGGUCGAGGACAUCCUGACACAUGGCCACAGCAGGGACCAGCACAGCAGUGGUCCCAAGGAUGAGGAGGAGGAGGAGGAGCACGCAGAUGCCAUCAGCUGGCGCACAGCAAGCCUCACAGACCUACCAGAUCUGGUCAGCAUGGCGUGCAACAACUUGGCAGCCCGCGGCGAAGCACACAAUAUCGGCACACCGGCAACCAUCAAAGAGGCCACCAGCGCCAUGCUCCUGCUGCCGGUGCCGGCAGCGCUACUGGAGAUCUCCUCCAUAAACCGGCUGGUGGACGUGGCGGCGCGCAUAGUCUCCAAGCACGACAGCAACGCGAGCCAGCGGCAGGCGGCGGCCGAGUGGCGCGCAUGGCUGUCGGCCAACAUUGCGAGCGAGGCCCGGGAUGAGGCGCACGCGCGCUGGCGGCAGUGGCAGCAGGCGCUGUGCGCGCUCGGCUUGGUGGAGGACCAUUUGGCGGUGGCGCUCUCAGCGCGCUCCAAGGCCUUCAAUGUGUUCAUGGACACCGCCGCCCGCUACGGCAGCGGACGGCUCAGCCUCAGGGUGCCGCGGGAGGCGUCAUUCAGCGACAGCCUGCGGCAGGCGCAGGCGAUGCGGCUGCUGGACCAGGUGGCGGGCGGCAUGGUGAUCUACCCCAGCUUCACCGAUGCGCCCACCCCCCGGGCCGCAUCGGCACCCGCCGAGACGGCCAUGGGUGAUGUCGCGCCGUGCAGGCGCCAGGAGUUCUUCGAGUAUGCUGGCAGGCAGAUGCUGCAGGGAGGUGCAUCCACCAGCGGGAGCCAGGAUGCGCAGCCCCUGUUUGUGCGCACGCGCAGCGGCGGCAACUUCUGGUUCAAUACGGAGUUGAAGCAGAGCGAGGCGCACAAGGACGAGUACCGCUGGGCCGGCUGGCUGAUGGGGCAGUGCUUUGCCAAUCGCACCAUGCUAUGCAUCCCCCUGCCGGAGCUGCUCUUUGUCAAGCUGCUCAAAGGAUCCUCCUUCCAGGCGAGCAUAGAGCUGCUGUCUGAGUUUGACGCUGAGCUGGCGGCGUCGGUGCGCGGCGUUGCCAACCUGCGCACAAAGGAGUACAAGCAGCAGCUGGCGGCGGAGGGCUACCCGGCCGACUUCACUCGCCGCUCCUACAUGCGCUACCAGAUCAAAAAGCUGCUCGUCACCGACGUCGACUGGCACUUCGAGGCCCUCUCCCAGGGAUUCUUUGCGGCGGUAGACAGGGAGACGCUCAAGUUCUGGCGCAUCACACCGGCGGAUUUGGCUGAGCUGGCAGCAGGGAUGACAGAGUCCCGGCCGCACUGGGUGCCAAAGGCGCGCGCGGCCGACGCGCAGAUCAAGCAGGAGGUGCAGGCGCACGUUGCCACCAGCGACGCACCCGUCGUCAACACCCUGUGGAAGCACUCGCCGGGCACCCAGGUGAACAUCACAGCGCAGGCAAGCUUGAAGAGCAUCGCGCAGGCAGUCUUUGGCCAUUGA